UCGGUUCACCCCCACCUUCAAGGAGGUCGUAUAAGAAUGUUUUUCUAUAAGAAAUGCCGCCAAAAAACCAAAAGUAUCCGUACGGUCAGCAUAGGCCCACGAAUUUCCAUCUUGAAAAAGGAAUUGCGGGUUUUUGCUCUGACGCACUGUUGAAGUCUCCGGCAGAUUUUUCAAAAUUUCGUCUGCAGAUUUGAAUAAGUCUGAUCUUUUUCGUCGAUAAUGGUGCGGUUUGGGGUAUUAUUGUUUGUUGCGGUGUUUAGUUGUGGAUUUGCGGAGAAAAAAAGGCCCCAUAUUAUUGCGAUCAUUGCCGAUGAUAUGGGUUUCAACGACGUAAGUUUUCAUGGAAGUGAUGAAAUUCCCACCCCAAAUAUCGAUGCCCUGGCAUACAACGGCGUGAUACUUAACAGUCACUACACCCAGGCGUUGUGCACUCCAUCUAGAGCAUCUUUUCUCACCGGAAAAUACCCAAUACACUUAGGGAUGCAACAUCUAGUAAUCUUAGAACCGGAACCGUGGGGUUUGCCUCUCAAUGAAACUCUGCUACCCCAACGUUUGAAAAAGAAUGGCUAUUCGACGUACGCAAUCGGGAAAUGGCAUUUAGGAUUCUUCAAGAAAGAGUACACGCCAACUUAUAGAGGCUUCGAUAGCCACUACGGAUACUGGCAAGGAUAUCAAGAUUAUUACGAACACACUGUACAUGCUACCUACACUUCCGAGGAUGGAUACGAUUUCCGCAGAAACAUGACAGUCGAUUGGGAUGCCAAAGGAAAAUAUUCGACCACCCUACUGACGGAUGAAGCCGUCAAAAACAUUAGAAAUCAUGAUCCGGAAACCCCGAUGUUUAUGUAUCUGUCUCAUCUGGCGCCUCAUUCAGGGCCGGACAAGAAUCCGCUUCAAGCACCGGAUGAAGAAAUUGCCAAGUUCGCUCAUAUAAAAGAUCCCGAAAGAAGAAUAUACGCAGCUAUGGUUUCACUACUGGAUCAGAGUGUCGGUUCGGUAAUAUCCGCACUAAGAGAAAAGCACAUGCUGGAAAAUUCAAUUAUUCUUUUCUUCUCCGACAAUGGAGCCCAACCAGAAGGAGUCCACGCUAACCAUGGAUCGAACUAUCCCCUUAAAGGCGCGAAAGCCUCUGCAUGGGAAGGCGCGUUAAGAAACAUUGCUGCUAUUUGGAGUCCUUUAAUCAAGAAACCACAACGGGUCGCGAACAACUUAAUGCAUAUAUCGGACUGGCUACCUACUUUAUACACUGCCGCAGGUCUCGAUCACAGCGAACUGCCGUCGAACAUUGAUGGGAAGGAUCAAUGGAGAGCAAUAUCGGAGGACGAAAAAUCUCCGAGGACUGACAUGUUGCUAAACAUUGACGAUGUCUGGAAUUACGGAGCAAUUAGACAAGGCGAUUGGAAAUACAUAUACGGUUCGACGUCUCAAGGACUGGCCGACCGAUGGUAUGGCAACGACGGGAAGGAUUCCGAUUACUUUUACGACGAAGAAGCAGUUCUAAAAUCAGCCACUGGUAGCGCUUUGGCGGGCAUAAUUACUUACCAACAAAUCAACGAAAAGAACGAGAACCUAAAACGCCACGUCAACCAAAAUUUCACCAUCAACCUGCUGGACGCGCAUAAAGUGAAGGCGCUACGCGAAGCCGCAACGGUGAAAUGCAAAAAGCUGCAACCAGAAGACCAGCUUGAAAGCAAAAAAUGCAACAUUUUAGAAUCCCCGUGUUUAUUUAAUAUCAGGGAAGAUCCUUGCGAGGAGGUAAAUCUGGUCAACCAAAGGCCAGUCAUUGUGCUCACUUUGGAACAAGCGAUAAUAAACUACAGGAAAACCGCACUACCCAUAAUAAACAAACCGAGAGAUCCGAAUGCCGAUCCAUUAAAAUGGAAUAACACUUGGACAAAUUGGCAAGACUGCGAGGUCAUCAGAGAAAGGAUAGCCCACAAUUCCCUGUCUCAUUUGUCAAUCGGGCUUAUAUCGGGGGCCAGCGUGGGUGUGAUCAUAAUAAUUAUCAUUUUGGUCACAUUACGCUGUAGAACGACUCUGAAGAGAAGUAACACAGACUUAUUUAAAAGAAGCUGCGAUGAAGAAACGGAUAUUAAAUCAAGAGGCAGUCUCUUUCAAGAGAGGGAAAAGCAACUAAGAACGAGUUUAAAAGACGAAUUUCGGGAAGUUUAAUUCAAGCAACGAGACAC